GACACUGCAGGUAUAUAAAGCCAUAAGGACAGCAUAGAUCUGAUUUAGUCUUGACUCUGAUUUCGGCUGUUGCUUGUCGAAACCCGUGAAGUUCGGAAUGGCUAAACUGGUUUCACUUGUUGUGGUUCUCUGUCUGCUAGGUGUUUCGACAGCGCGUGUCGUUCGAGAAGCACCAUCUGUACCAGUAGAUGACUUCUUCAGGAACAUCACGGAAUUUGGCCAAAAAGUACAAAAAGCGCUGACUGAUACCCAUGAAAGUGUCAUUAAGACGCUCGGUUUCAAAUCCAACCAGGAGGUGAUCGAAACUCUGCAAAACAACACUCACAAGUACGUGGAGCAGUUGAAAUCAGUGCAAACGACACUACAGGAGGAGGCAGAGAAGCAUUCUAAUCUUUUUGAACCGGUAGUGAAAGAUCUAAGCACUAAACUGUCGGAAACCACAAAGAAACUAAGCGAAGCUAAGCCGGAGCUUGCCCAAAAGGCCAAAGAGUAUCAGGAAAUUGUGCAGUCCAACAUUCAAUCACUGGUGACGGAAGCUCAAAAGACUGGUGAACGACUCAAGGAGGAAAGCCGUGGAGCCACCGAACAGCUACAGUCCGCCUUGAAGCAGUUGUACGAUCUCACCGUUCAGAAUCUUCAGGAAACGGUUCGAAAGUUGGAAACCAAGCAGGCGGAGUCCGCCUAAACUGGUGAGAUUUUAGUUUUGAACAUCCAAUGACAGAGAAGAGAACAUAAUAAAAUUUCUUGUUAUUUUUAAUACAAAA